AUGGAUAACCACUCUCUCAAAAGCUGGUCAGGUCAUGAAAUGGUAACUUAUGAAGAAGACCCAUUCAUGUUUUUAGAUCAACUAUCCCCAUCAGAUCUCAGUGGGUAUUAUACUCCAAUGAGUUGGCAAUGGGAAUUCCCCAUUACAUACAACAUGUUUGAUGUAAUUCCUUGGAUUGAAAGCAGUUUCCUUACUGACCCUCUGUUGGAUGGCUUCCUUACUUAUCCAGAGGAACUCUUCAUUGGAUAUGGAAAUAGUUGUGGAGUCUGUGAUGAACCCAGCAUUAAAUAUGAGUCCCAUGAAGAGAUUGUGUCCUACAAAAGUAGUAGAGAAGAUGGGGAGGAGCUAAUGAAAGAGAAAUCUAAGAAGUUCAAGAAAUGCAGAGAAGAGAAGAAGAGUAAAAGCAGUCCAAAUGAGUUGACUCGGAAUGCCAUAUCUCGCUACUUCUACAUGCCAAUCACUCAAGCUGCAAAAGAGCUAAACGUUGGCUUGACACAAUUGAAGAAAAGGUGUAGAGAGCUGGGAAUCGGUAGAUGGCCUCACAGGAAGUUGAUGAGCUUGCAGACCCUCAUCAAUAACAUUCAGGAAAUGGGGCAGAAGAAAGGAGAAGUUAAUGAAGCAAAGCUGAGAAAUGCAGUAAAGCUAUUGGAACAAGAGAAGAAGUUAUUGGAGGAGAUGCCAGAUAGUGAACUAGAGGAGAACACAAAGAAGCUUAGACAAGCCUGUUUUAAGGCUAACUAUAAGAAGAGAAAGCUUAUGGAGAUGGUGGAGGUGGAUUUGGAUUCUUCUGCUACAACCACUAGUACUGCAUGCAUGGAGACAUAUUUAAAAUUAAAGGGUCAAAGAGAAAAAAGAGUCAAGCAUGAGUUCUUCUAUUGA